CGGGCGGUGCUGAUUGGCCGGAGGAGGCCAGCCGGGGGAAACUUCCGGGAAUGGCCGCACUCCCGCGUUCCACCGGGCAGCAUCCGGCGGCCGCGGAGCCUGCGGCUCCCCCUGCGGGCUGCUCAGCGGCGUGCACAGUCCUGCCGGCUGGCUGGUGGGGUGCCGAGGCUCGGGCAGCAUGACGACGGAGACCUUUGUGAAGGAUAUCAAGCCUGGGCUCAAGAAUCUGAACCUCAUCUUCAUUGUGCUGGAGACAGGCCGAGUGACCAAGACAAAGGACGGGCAUGAGGUUCGGACCUGCAAAGUGGCCGACAAAACAGGCAGCAUCAAUAUCUCUGUCUGGGACGAUGUCGGCAAUCUGAUCCAGCCUGGGGACAUUAUCCGGCUCACCAAAGGGUACGCUUCAGUUUUCAAAGGUUGUCUGACACUAUAUACUGGCCGUGGGGGUGAUCUGCAGAAGAUUGGAGAAUUCUGUAUGGUUUAUUCUGAGGUUCCUAACUUCAGUGAGCCAAAUCCAGAGUACAGCACCCAGCAGGCACCCAACAAGGUGGUGCAGAAUGACAGCAACUCUUCAGCUUCCCAGCCUACCACUGGACCCUCUGCUGCUUCUCCAGCCUCUGAGAGCCAGAAUGGGAAUGGACUGAGUGCCCCAACUGGUCCUGGUGGUGGCCCACAUCCCCCUCAUACUCCCUCCCACCCGCCCAGCACCCGAAUCACUCGAAGCCAGCCCAACCACACACCUGCAGGCCCACCUGGCCCUUCCAGCAACCCUGUUAGUAACGGCAAAGAAACCCGGAGGAGCAGCAAAAGAUAGCAUGACAUUCUUUCUUCCUGCCACCAACCACAUCCCAAGUGUCUCCUGGAGAGCAAGAUAGCCUUCCACUGGCUGGCUGGUGUAGCAGUAUUUUAGCCACUGAACUUCAGUGGAGGGGUGGUGAGCAGUGUUCUUAUCUACCCUAAUCUCAUACUCCCUCAUUGUCCAGCUGAACUAGCUGUCCCCUGGGAGUCAGGACCCUCUGCCUGCUCUCUUUCCUCUUUAGAAAUGGCAGUUACUGGCUGGGCGCGGUGGCUCACGCCUGUAAUCCCAGCACUUUGGGAGGCCGAGGUGGGCGGAUCACCUGAGGUCGGGAGUUCGAGACCAGCCUGACCAACGUGGAGACACCCCAUCUCUACUAAAAGUACAAAAUUAGCCAGGCAUGGUGGUGCAUGCCUGUAAUCCCAGCUACUCGGGAGGCUGAGGCAGGAGACUUGCUUGAACCCGGGAGGCGGAGGUUAUGGUGAGCCAAAAUUGCACCAUUGCACUCCAGCCUGGGCGACAAGAGAGAAAUUCCCAUCUCAAAAAAAAAAAGAAAAAAAAAAAAGAAGAGAAAGAAGGAAAUGGCAGUUACCAUCUGUUUCUUCUGUGUGAGACAUGGGAGUCUAACUGAAAUCUCUCCUUCCUAAUAAAUGUUACCACUCUACUCU